ACAGUCGAUUCGCGCGUUUGGGGAAAGUUGGCGCGCCGCUUGUGUUUGGAGCAGAACAUAUCGAAGAAAAGCAAAGUGUGUGCGAGCCUAGACCAUUUAUCUUAUUUUGUCAACAUUAACCAAAAACAUGGAUGUUGUUCUGACAGAGGGAGCAAUUGAGUCUCUGGUGAAGGGCCAGGAGGUGGACAGCCCAGUCUUGCAACUGGUGAAUAUCCGGAAGAUUGAUGGCGGAAAUGGACCUCCUCGCUUCCGGCUUAUGAUGAGCGACGGAUUCUACACCAUGUCCUCUUUCAUGCUGUCAACACAGCUCAACCCCCUGGCAGAGCAGAAUCAGCUGGUCCCCAACUGUGUGUGCCUGGUGAGGAAGAGUGUGACCAACGUGUUGAAGGAUGGGCGACGUGUUGUGGUGGUCCUGGACAUGGAGAUCAUGAAGACGGCGGAGGAGAUUGGCGGGAAAAUCGGCGAACCCACACCUUACGUUGAAGGUCAGACAAAAGCCCCAGCGCCCGCAGCUCCCACCCCCUCUGUCCGACCCUUGCAGUCCCAGAAUGGACAUGACGGUAUGAUGAACAAGGGACCAAACAAGCAACCGUUUGCUAAGAAGGCUCCAGUGGCACCCAGCACGCCUGGAGGAACCUCCAAAAUCGCCCCCAUUGCCAGCCUCAACCCAUACCAGUCCAAGUGGACUAUCCGAGCCCGCAUUACCAACAAGAGUGGCAUUCGCACAUGGAGUAACUCAAGAGGCGACGGAAAGUUGUUUUCCAUGGACUUGGUGGAUGAAAGUGGGGAAAUCAGAGUGACUGCAUUUAAUCAGGAGGUGGAUAAAUUCCACUCGCUGGUCGAGCAGGGAAAGGUGUACUACAUCUCCAAGGGCACUCUGAAGAUGGCCAAUAAGCAGUACUCCACUCUGAAGAACGAUUACGAGAUGACCCUGAACGGCGAGUCGAGCGUCAUCCCCUGUGAGGACUGCCAGGAGGUGCCUACCCUGCAGUGCGACUUUGUGCCCAUCGGGGACCUGGAGGCGCGCGAGAAGGACUCCAUCGUGGAUGUGAUCGGCGUGGUGAAGACGGUGGAGGACCUGUCGCGCAUCACCACCAAGAACAACCGCGAGGUGUCCAAGAGGAACAUUCACCUGAUGGACAUGUCGGGCCGCGUCAUCACCUGCACCAUGUGGGGAGCCGAGGCAGAGAGUUUUGACGGCUCUGGGCAGCCCAUCAUGGCCAUCAAGGGGGCCCGCCUGUCGGACUUUGGCGGCCGCUCCCUCAGCACCCUCUUCAGCAGUGUGGUCAUGAUGAACCCGGACCUGCCUGAGGCCUACAAGCUGCGUGGCUGGUAUGAUAAGGAUGGCCAUACCAUGGAAGGCACAACCAUGACUGAGGCCCGGGGAGGCGGUGGUGGAGGCAACACCAACUGGAAGACCCUCUCAGACGUCAAGAACGAGCAUCUGGGCCACGGAGAGAAGCCGGACUACUUCAGUUGCAUUGGCACGGUGGUGCACAUGCGCAAGGAGAACUGCCUGUACCAGGCCUGCCCCAGCCAGGAGUGCAACAAGAAGGUGGUGGACCAGCAGAACGGCAUGUACCGCUGUGAGAAGUGCGACAAGGAGUUCCCCGAGUUCAAGUACCGUCUCAUGCUCUCGGCUAACAUCGCUGACUUUGGUGAUAACCAGUGGGUGAUGUGCUUUCAAGACACAGCUGAAGCCAUUCUGGGACAGAAUGCUGCUUACAUUGGGCAGCUCAAGGACACGAAUGAGGCGGCUUUUGAUGAGAUCUUCCAGCAAGCCAACUUCAACACUUUUGUUCUCCGCAACAGAGUGAAGCUGGAGACGUACAAUGACGAGUCUCGUAUCAAGGUGACAGUGAUGGAGGCCAAGCCCGUGGACCACAAAGAGUACAGCAAGCGGCUUAUCAUGAAUAUCAGGAAACUGGCCAGCACUCAGUAGGCCAAGAAGACCACAACCGUCUCUCUCUCUCUCUCUCUCUCUCUCUCUCUCUCUCUCCGCCAAAACCCCCAGGACUUUAAGUCAUAAUGGCCACAGUCUUAAACUGCGCUGUUCUGCCACUACCAUGUACCAUUUCUACUCCACUGAUAUUAUGUACGUGUUUGUUUUUUUUCCUUGUCUGCCGUAUUUUUAGCAGUGGAGUUUGGAGUUUUUACUUGCUCUUAAUUGCCAAGCUUUUUUCACCCCCUUCCUCUCGCCUGUGCUUAAUUUGAUGUAUGUUUUGUGUUCCACUCUUAUGAGUCCAGCCCCCCCAGUGCUAAGCGCUUAAAAACAAGUUGGUGGUGGUGGAGUCUGGGUUUUUUUUUGUUUUGUUAUUAUUAUUAGAAAUGUGCGCCCCGUUUUCUCCCCCCACGGCUCAGCUCAACUAGGUUCGACUCAGCUUGCCUGUGCGUGGUGUGGAGAGCAAAUAGUUUACUCUUUUUGGAAACUGCUGACAGGUCUAGUUUUUUUGUGUGUGUGGCUGAUGGGGAGGCGGAAAAAAGAUGGAGGGAUUUUAGGAGGCAGAGAGAGAGGGAGAGCGUGUAGAGGUGUGUGUGGGGGGGGGUGGGGGGUGGAUGUGUGAGAUUCGUGGGAGAAGGUGGGAUAUCUAGCUGGGAGGGGGGCAAAUGUAGCCAUACAUUGGUCUGCUCUGUAAAACCUGGGGCUCUCUGCUGUGUGUGUGUGAGUCAUCGUGUGUCUGUCUGUGUGUGUUUGAGUGUGUGUGAGUGAGUCAUCGUGUGUGCGUGUGGCGUAGGCCAGCAGGCGUGUGCCUGUGUGUGUGCGUGCAAGCUUUUGUAUGUGUGUAUGCAACUGGGAUGAGGUGGAUGCUGGCAGGUGUUAGCCUAGCUGGUGGAGCUGGGGCACUAGCUCCGUCCAUCCGUCCAUCAGUCAGUCACCGGCCCGCCUGCCCGUCUACCUGUCUGUCUGCUCACAGCCCCCUGUGAAUACCCGCUGCAGACCUGGAACGGCCUGAUAAGCCCACUUAUUCAACGCUGACUCUCACACAUACAGACAUACACUCGCAUACACACACGCACACACUCUGACACACACAAAAAUAAACACCCACCUGGGGCACACACACACACACACACAGACACACACACAGACACAGACACACACACACACACAGACACACACACACACACACAGACACAGACACACACAGACACACAGUCAGAACACACACAUACACAAAUGUCUGGACUGUGCACGCGCACAAACAUACACACACACACACGCACUCCUGGGGCAUAAUUCAUAGAGAUACAAAGUCUUACUCCUGACAUCAACAAUAACAUACACAACACGCAGGUCAGAGAAAAGCCGAUUAAAAACAAAAGGUGACUAUUAUCUCGGCAGAGUGAUGUACACUUUAUUUAUGUAGAUAGUCUUCUGUUUUGGGUUUUUAUUUUUUCAUGUUUUCUUUUUUUUUUGUCUUUUUCAGUACAUCACCAAACAUGUUGAAUGAAAAUAACAAUAAAUAAAGUUGUUUAAAUGUCA